AUUAAAGUAUCGUACCAUUAAUGAUUUGGUACAAACUGAGAUGUUGAAAAUUAACAAUAAUAACACAUGUUUCAACAUAAAUUUUACAGAAAAUAUUUUUUCUGGCCAACGAAAUUAACAGUUUAAAGGUAUAACCACGUAAUACUUCAGAGAUAUGGGUGCGUCAACAUCGAAGUCAAGUUUCUUUGAAAAGCUUUCAAGAAUGUUAAUGUUGAGGGUAAAUGCCCAACGGAAACUGUCCACUUCCACAAAGCUAGCCAAGCCUACACCUCACAGCUUCUUGAACCUUUUGUCAGACCUAAGAUGCAAAGCACAGUAUAACGGAAUUAAGCCUUCAGUAGUGGCUUUGAUUGGUUCAUACGUAUGGCAGCAGAUGACAUGGGCUGAAAAGUAUCCUUACCGGGCAUUGGCAUGGAGGGAACAAUUAAACAGGGAUACACCACAAAACCUAAUCGCAAUGAAUAAAAAACAUAAAAUUUACUCAAAUUUGCGAGACUUUCAGAAAGGGAAUGAUUCUUUAAUUCAUAAUUUUAUCAUUUCGAGCAAUGAGAACAUGAAAGUUCAAAAACUGAAGCACAGGAUGAGAAGGAAACGAGCCACAAACCAAGGCAGGACAGAAAAGGACGGGCACAACUCAAACACACCCAGUCCACCAAAUACAUCCCAAAAUUCUAGAAAUCAAAAUAGUUUUAUUAUAAAAAGGUUGAGUAUUAGUAAUGAAACACUUCCAAUAGAAGAAAAUAUACGAGAAUUACGAUCAGGAAAAAAAGUUAAACUCCAAAACAGCAACGUCCCAUCCUAUAUUAAUUAAAAACUUGUAUAAAAGAAA